UUUCCCCCACAACUACAAACCAAACAUCACACACACAAAAUAAGAAAAUACAAACACACAACUUUCUCUCUCUAGAAAAACAGACAGAACACAAAACAAACUACCGAAGUUUUAGAAACAAGUCCAUCCAACCCACGACUGUAGCCACACCCCCCACUUCUCAUCAUUACAUUACUUACAUUUUAUUGUUUCUAUAAUUAUUAUUCUACUGCAACUAAGCUUUCCUUAAAACAGAAACCCCUCCAAUUCAAUUCAACUUAAACACACACAUUGUUUGUCAGUUUUUGAGCUUCAUCAUGAUAUGUUAAUAAUUAAUUGUAUUAUCUUCUUCUGGUGAUGUGUUGAAAAUGGCAAACACGGCAACUAAUUACAGGAAUUAUGGGAGCAAUAAUGGUACUAGAAGCUCGCUCAAUUCUAAUAAGUCUUCAUCAUCGUCUUCUUCAUUCAAAUCUAAAGCGUCUGCGGCCAAUUCUGUGUCUUCGGCUCCUCCUCCUAGACGUAGCAGCACUGGUUCUGUUAAUGCUCUUAAGUAUGAUCCUGGAGUUCCCGGGAGAGUUCGGGUGGCUGUAAGAUUACGACCUCGAAAUGCAGAGGAGUUAGCAUCUGAUGCUGAUUUUGCUGAUUGUGUAGAGUUGCAACCAGAGCUCAAGAGAUUAAAACUUAGAAGAAACAACUGGGAUUCAGAUACCUAUGAGUUUGAUGAAGUGCUUACGGAAUUUUCAUCACAAAAGCGUGUUUAUGAAGUUGUAGCAAAGCCUGUAGUGGAGAGUGUUCUGGACGGUUACAAUGGAACAGUAAUGGCAUAUGGACAAACUGGUACUGGAAAAACAUACACGCUUGGACGAUUGGGAGAUGAAGAUACUGCAGCUCGUGGAAUAAUGGUGCGCGCAUUAGAGGAUAUUUUAUCAGAAAUAUCCCCAGAGACAGAUUCUGUGUGUGUCUCCUAUUUGCAGCUUUAUAUGGAGACUAUACAGGACCUCCUUGAUCCAUCUAAUGACAACAUCUCCAUUUUGGAAGAUCCAAAAACAGGAGACAUAUCAUUACCUGGGGCUACUCAUGUAGAAAUCAGGGAUCAAGAGAGUUUUCUUGAACUACUGCGAUUAGGUGAAGCUCAUCGCUUUGCAGCUAAUACCAAGUUGAAUACGGAAUCUUCUCGCAGUCAUGCUAUUCUGAUGGUACAAGUUAAGAGGUCAAUAAAGGGAAGAGAUUCUGCUGUUUCAAAUGAAAACGGCGACAAAUCCCACAUGCAUCGAACAUUGAAGCCGGGCAUCGUUCGGAAAGGCAAACUUGUUGUUGUUGAUCUAGCUGGUUCAGAGCGAAUUGACAAGUCAGGCAGUGAGGGCCACACAUUGGAGGAGGCUAAGUCUAUCAAUCUCUCUCUUAGCGCACUAGGAAAGUGUAUCAAUGCAUUGGCUGAAAAUAGCUCUCAUGUUCCAGUCCGUGAUUCAAAACUUACAAGACUUCUUCGAGAUUCAUUCGGCGGCACAGCAAGAACUUCACUGGUUGUUACUAUUGGUCCAUCUCCACGUCAUCGAGCCGAGACCUCAAGUACCAUUUCUUUCGGACAGAGGGCUAUGAAGGUGGAGAAUAUGCUGAAAAUUAAAGAAGAGUUUGAUUACAAGAGUUUGUCCAGAAGGCUUGAUAUACAACUAGAAACACUUAUUGCAGAGCACGAGAGACGACAGAAAGCAUUUCAGGAUGAGGUUGAUAGAUUAUCUUUAGAAGCACAGAAACGCAUUGACGAGGCUGAAAGAAACUUUGCUGAUGCACUGGAGAAGGAGAGACUGAAAUAUCAGAAUGACUAUGUGGAAUCAAUUCAGAAGCUCAAAGAUCAGUGGGUUUUGCAUCAAGAAAAUAGUGGCGAUGGAAGAGGGAAGGCUUCUGUUAUUUCUGCUUCUGAACAAGUUACUGAGGUUAAAUUGCUGCUUGAGAAAGAGGUUUCCAUACGUAAACGUGCAGAAGAAGAACUUAGUAAUCUUAAAUAUCAACUAAUGCAACGGGAACGAUCAGAGGCAGCUGGCAGUUCUGAGAUACUAAAGCUGCGAAAGACAUUGGAAAGUGAGACACAGCAGAAAGAGAAACUUGAAGAAGAAAUAGCUAUACUGCAAAAUCAGCUAUUGCAGUUAAGCUUUGAAGCAGAUAAGACCAGGAGACAACUUGACCAAAACGGGGAUGUAGAAGUUCCCAAUGGUAUUGAUUCCCCUGUUUCUCAAGCUAGGAACCAGCAGCUGCAGGAGUCAGGACAUGGGGAGAAAGCAUCGGUAGCAAAACUCUUUGAACAAGUUGGGCUACAAAAGAUAUUGUCAUUACUUGAGGCUGAAGACCCUGAUGUGCGUAUACAUGCUGUAAAAGUUGUCGCCAAUCUUGCAGCUGAAGAAACAAACCAGGAAAAGAUUGUAGAAGCCGGUGGUCUUGCUUCCUUGCUAAUGCUUCUUAGUAACUCUGAUGAUGAGACCAUUCAUAGAGUUUCUGCUGGUGCAAUUGCAAAUCUUGCAAUGAAUGAAACCAACCAGGAGCUUAUAAUGGCUCAAGGUGGCAUAGGCUUGCUAUCAAUAGCAGCAGCAAAUGCUGAAGAUCCUCAAACCCUCCGUAUGAUUGCUGGAGCCAUUGCAAAUCUUUGCGGCAAUGACAAACUGCAGAUGAAGUUAAGAGACGAAGGUGGUAUUAGAGCAUUGCUUGGAAUGGUUAGAUGUAGGCAUCCUGACGUCCUUGCUCAAGUUGCUCGUGGAAUUGCAAACUUUGCAAAAUGCGAGUCUAGAGCAUCUACUCAAGGGUCUAAACAUGGAAGAUCUCUCCUUAUCGAGGAUGGCGCUCUGGCCUGGAUUGUCCAGAAUGCUAAUAAUGAUGCUUCACCAAUCAGGCGGCAUAUUGAGCUUGCACUCUGUCAUUUAGCACAACAUGAGGUAAAUGCAAAGGACAUGGUUAUUGGAGGUGCCCUCUGGGAGCUUGUUCGCAUUUCACGAGAAUGCACACGAGAAGACAUAAGAAUUCUGGCACACCGAACGCUAACUUCUAGCCCGAUUUUUCAGGGAGAAUUGAAGCGGUUAAGAAUAGGCUACAACUGAGAAUCUUUUACGAGGAGAGUAGAAGUAUGAAUAUAUGUAGUUUAAGUACAUUCCAUUGGAUUGUUGUAUAUCACCGAACUACUUCGCAAAGGUGAGUAGGAAGGUUUUUUCACUCCACGUUCAAGUUUUGUACAUAACGGGGUGGCAUUUGUUUUUUGUAGCGCGUUUUAUUUCUUGAUCAUGUAAACAAUUGACUGUUAAAUAUAUAUUUCGUUGGAAUUUUUGUUUA